AUGCCGUCUGCCUCCCCCACGGUGCAGGACUCCCCGCAUGGCAGCUUCAGGCAAGCGGACAUGCGCGGAGCAGGCAUGGGCCGCGGGGGAAACAUGGGGGGCAUGGGGGGAAUGGGGAUGCGCGGGCCAGGCAUGCGGGACAUGGGCAUGCGGGGACCAGGCGCGCGGGAGGGGCCGGGCGUCGUACGCGAUACAGGAAUGAGUGAGCUCGCGCUCCGAUCCAUGGCGAUGCGGGACCCCGGCAUGCGCGACGGGGGGAUGCAUCGCGGCGGGAGAGGCCCCGCGACGUACGGCGGCGCGUACGGCGGCGCAUAUGGCGGAGGCGCGGGUCCGCGGCGGGAAUGGGGCGCGCAGGAGCAGCGGCGGUGGGGGGGCGGUGGGGGGUACGUUUCGGGAAUACCGGCGCCGGGAGUAGCGCCGUACGAUAGUCCCCCCGAGACGACGUAUGUGGAGAUGGAGGACGAUCCGACGGCCCACGACUCGCCGCCGUCGUAUCACAGAGCGGGCGACGUGAACCCGCACAUCGCCAUGCUUAGGCGACGCCGCGCCAUGUACAGCAGCAGCAGAUCGCACUACCUGUCGGCACUUAUUAAGCAGAAUCUGCCCUACAUAGUCAUCGCGGUUCUGCUCAUUCUUCUCCUCGUUCAAAACCGGCGGCAACAACAGCUAGCGACAGUCUCGAAUGGGGGGAAUGGCGCAGCAGGUGGGGCGGGCGCAGGAAGGGGAGCCGCAGGGGCAGGGACUAAGUCGGCAGCGGGAGAGAAAGCGGAAGCAGGGAAGGGGGGCGGGGGGCAAGCGGGGGCGGGGCAAGCUCAGUCAGGGGCAGGAGCAGCGAAAAAUCCAGUGGACCCGCGGGUUCUGCAGCAGCAAGGGGGCGCGCAGCAGCAGCAGCCGCAGCCGCGAGCUGAAGCUGCAGGCGCGGCAGGCGCAGCGGGGGGGGGACUGACGGCGGGGGCAGCGGGAGGGGGACUAACGGCGGGGGCAGCGGGAGGGGGGCGGGCAGGCGCGUCAGGCGGAGGCAUGGCGGCCACAGCAGCGGGAACAGGCGCAGCAAGGGCCGCAGGCGCAGCAGGAGGGGGAGCGGGGACCACUGCAGGGGCGGCGGGAGCAGCAGGGGGGGGAGACGUAGACGCUUCUUCCAGCCAUUUCGACCCGCAAUCCGACCUGAGUGACACGGAGAAGAGGCGCGAACUGGUGAAGGCGAUUCUAGAGGACCCCAACUCGAAGGUGGCGAAGGAGGUGACGCGCAACAACGUGUUUCGCGAGCACAUGCCCACGUUUGGGUUCGUGCAGUUCGCGAGUUACCGCAUGGGCGAGAGCAAGUUCGCCGUGGUGGGCCUGGCGUCCCGCGUGCUCAAGACCUCCCGCGAGCUGGGCAGGUGCCUGUGGAAGGAGAAGCACGGCGGACAUAGGGUCACGGGGCAGCUCGUGGCCUACUACCCUGGCGACGACCACAACAAGCGGUACGAGGCGGUUGUACUGGUGUGUGAACUCGAAGAAUCCACAGCGCAGGACUUUGGCGGCAUCCUGGUGGUGACGGUGGACAAAGAAGACAUCGUCUCCUACAUCGAGGACCAGGGCCAGUUCCCCUCCGCCAACCCCGCCCCGCCCUACCCCCACCGCCUCACCUACUGCUCGCCGCCGCUCGCCACGAAGCUCAUCCCGAUGCGCGUGUACGAGUGGAUAGAGUACCAUCUGCACGUGGGGGUGGACCGGGUCGUGUUGUACGACGCAGGGGCGUUAGAUCCGGAGAUCAUGGGGCUGAUAGAGGGGUUUGUGGAGGGCGGGUACGUGCAGAUCGUGGACAUGCGGCGCGUGGAGCAGUUUGAUAUCUGGGAGUCUGGGCGGCUGCUGGCGAUGAAUGACUGUGUGCACCAGCACGCGUUCACCUCCCAGUGGGUGUUCUUUGCCGAGCUGAGCGAGUACUUUUCGUCGAGGUCUGGAGAGGAUAUGGCGGCGGUGCUGAGUAGGUUUGAAGGGCGCCCGUACGUGUCGUUUGGGAGCAGAUGGUGGUCCCUUGAGAAGUGCGUUCAGGUGGACGGCGCCGGGGGAGGGGUUGGGAUGGGUGCGGGUGCAGGUGCUGAUGCUGCUCGCACUGCUGGCACCACUGGUGCUGGUGCUACUGCUGGUGCUGGUGGUGGCGGUGGCGCUGCUGCUGCUGGUACUGCUGGGACUGCAGGUGCUGCUGGUGGUGGUGGUGCUGCUGCUGCUGGUACUGGUGGUGGUACUGCGGUGGAGCGCAUGCGCUUCCACUGGCCGCAGCUGUUCUGCACCAACAAGGACGAGUACCCGCGUGCCGAGAUGUGCCUCGGCGAAUUCGGCUACCGCCGCGUCGCCGUGGACCCGCGGCAGGUCAUGACGGUCCUCGUGCACCGCACCAGCGUGCCAGAGAUGGGCGGCGACGACUUGGACGCUAGUGAGGCGCGGUUUAACCGGUACCCGCUGCUGACGGAGGAGACGAGGAAAGCGUGCCAAAGGGAGGUGCGGCCGGGGGAGGUGGUGGAGUGGUGGGUGCGGGACGCUGAGGUGGCGGAGAUUGCUGAGAAGGCGAGGAAGAGCCCUAAGGGGCGGCCGCGGGUUGGGUCUGAGUUGGCUUCGGCUCGAAGAUGA